UCACUGAGCUGCUGUUAUUGUGCCAUGGCGGCUUCCGUGCAGGCUGGGCCAGCAGAGAUUGUAGAGGGCUGUCGGCUUCCUGUCCUGCGGAAGAAUCAGGACAAUGAGGUGGAAUGGCCACUGGCUGAAAUUCUCAGUGUCAAGGACCUGACGGGGAAGAAACUCUUCUAUGUGCAUUAUAUAGACUUUAAUAAGCGGUUAGAUGAGUGGGUUACUCAUGAUCGGUUGGAUCUUAAGAAGAUUCAGUUUCCAAAAAAGGAAGCAAAAACACCAACAAAAAAUGGCCUCUCUGGAUCAAGACCCAAUUCACCGGAGAGGGAGGUGAGGAAGAUACCAGAACUGAUCUUGCCUCCCACUGCUGCCUCUGCAGGAGGGAAAUCUCUCCCUGUACCGAAACGUAAAGUAGAAGUGGUAUCUCCGGCAACUCCUGUCCCACCUGUUCCUGAGACCACCCAGGCAUCUGUCUUCCCACAGAACGGAGCAGCCCGCAGACCUAGUGCCCCCACGGUUCCACCUGGUCGAAAACGCAAGUCCAAUUGCUUGAGUGCAGACGAGGUGAGGGACGGAGAGCGACGAUUGGCUGCCGCAGUCCCCUUUACCGGCCCAGGAUUUGUGACAUCAGACAAAACCUUUGGAGUUGAUGCUGCCCCUAUAUCUGAAUUUCUGGGUUCACCAGAAGAGGAUUCCCAGGACAGCUCUGAUGGGAUCCCAUCUGCUCCUCGAAUGACAGGAAGUUUGGUGUCUGAUCGGAGCCAUGAUGAUAUCAUAACACGCAUGAAGAACAUUGAGUGCAUUGAACUGGGUCGUCAUCGCCUUAAACCUUGGUACUUCUCCCCGUAUCCACAGGAGCUCACGGUGCUGCCUGUCCUUUACUUGUGCGAGUUUUGUCUCAAGUACCUGAAGAGCCUCAAGUGUCUACAGCGGCAUCUGACCAAAUGCAACCUGAGACACCCGCCAGGAAAUGAGAUCUACAGGAAAGGAACAAUCUCGUUCUUUGAGAUAGAUGGAAGGAAAAAUAAGAGUUACUCCCAGAAUCUGUGUCUCUUGGCAAAAUGUUUCCUGGACCACAAAACGCUGUAUUAUGACACAGACCCCUUUCUUUUUUACAUCAUGACAGAGUAUGACUCCAAAGGCUUCCAUAUUGUGGGUUACUUCUCAAAGGAAAAAGAAUCCACUGAGGACUAUAAUGUGGCCUGUAUCCUGACACUGCCUCCCUACCAGAGAAGAGGAUACGGCAAAUUGCUCAUUGAAUUCAGUUAUGAGCUGUCUAAAGUGGAGGGAAAGACAGGCACCCCGGAGAAGCCACUCUCGGACUUGGGGCUUCUCUCUUAUCGCAGUUAUUGGUCCCAAACCAUCUUGGAGAUCCUCAUGGAACUGAAGACAGAGACAGGAGAGAGGCCCCAGAUCACCAUCAAUGAAAUCAGCGAGAUCACCAGCAUCAAAAAGGAAGACGUCAUCUCCACCCUCCAAUACCUCAACCUCAUUAACUAUUACAAGGGUCAGUACAUCCUGACACUGUCAGAGGAUAUUGUAGAAGGACAUGAGCGAGCCAUGCUGAAGCGUAUCCUGCGGAUAGACUCUAAAUGCCUGCACUUUACCCCCAAGGACUGGAGCAAAAGGGGCAAGUGGUAGUUGGGACCUGUAUAGAUAUGAUGGGACAGUAUUGUGAGAGAAUUAGAGGAGCACUGGAUACAGAGGGGCAAUGGACUUUUCAUACAGACGCAACAUUAAGGAUUGUGAGGAGCAGCUGCCAGUGCUUUGGCAUCUUAUCAAAAUGUCAUCAAUAAAUCGUCACCAUGUUGUAUAUGUCGUGUGGCAUACAAGGGGUUAAAAGGACAGUAACGGUGCCUUCUAUGUGCCACAUACACAUAAUGGCUUGCCUGGAAAUAGCUGUAAUAUGAUAAAUAUAUUUUACACACUAGUGGAUGUAUACCUAGAGUGCUGGCUGCCCCUUAAAGGGACAUGAAACCCCAAAUUUUUCUUUUAUUAUUCAGAUCGCACAGUUUCAAAAACUUUCUAAUUUGCUUUGUUCACUUUCUAUCCUUUGUUGAAAAGCAUACAUAGGUAGGGUCAGGAGCAGCAAUGCACUGCUGGGAGCUAGCUGCUGAUUGGUAGCUGCACAUAUAUGCUUCUUAUCAUUGGUUUACCUGAUGUGUUCAGCUAGCUCCCAGUAAUGCAUUGCAGCUCCUUCGAAUCUGUUGGCGCUCUACAAAUAACCGAUAAUAAUAAUAACAACAGAGGAUAACAAAUGUUAUCAAUGAUUCUAAAUUUGAUAAUAGAAGUAAAUUAGAAAGUUGAUUAAAAGUGAAUGUUCUGUCUGUAUCAUGAAAGAUAUUUUUUGGGGUUUCGUGUCAUCUUUUUUUUCCUCAUGUAGAAAGGCGCUACACUCACCCCACAGACCUAAGGCACGUCAGGGUGCACAUGCGCAGUAAUACUGCUUUGCCCAUCGUAGAGGAUUCUGUUUGAGAGUUUAUGGCGCAGCAGUGAUGCGUCUGACUGGAUUAACCACCCACAUAAAGCGUGGCUGAGACUGAAAGCAAACACACCCAAUGGGGUGUAAAAUAUCUCACAGCUGUAAUGUGUGUCUAGUGCUACACUGUCCCUAUCCCAGAUCUUAUGGCACUUCUCUCUGCAGCUGUGCACCAGUUAACCUCUUGUAUGCCGCACACUUUAAACAGAUAUGAAUAUUUAGAUGGUAAGACGUCCCUCUUUAUGGCAAGGGGUGAAUUGCUUUGUUACUGCCACCAGCCUGGAUGCGUAAAGGUGGCACCUAGUGUAAUAUAUUGUAUAAAUAUUUUUUUUUUUAUAUAAA